UUCAAGAUUAACUCACCUUCUUUCAAUAUCCGGAGAUGAAAAGUGGCUGCUUCAGGAGAGUUGUUAAAAGUGAUUCAUUCGAAUGCAUUUGGAAGAAGUAAUACGCAUUGCAAUGUGAUUACACCUCUGGGAAACUUAUUUUAAUAUUUAAUUGGAAACAAUAAAUUAAAUACGUGAUGUCUUUUGGAUGAUGUAGAGAGUUAUCUGCCAGAAGAUGAUCUGUUAUCUCUUCCUUGCUUUGUUUAUCUUCCACGUUCAUCUCACAACUUGUCAAAGAUAUGCCGAUAGGAAUCUUAUACCUCCCCCUAACAUUCCUACAGACUAUCAUUAUGAAGAAGAUUACUCUGAAGGCUACGAUUUCAUGGAGGAGCCUGGGUUUCAUCGCUGGAAUGUGGAAGUUUAUCCUCAUCCGAGAGAAAAUCCUCCAGAAUGCCAUAGGAUUAAACCCUCAACUAUAUGUGAUCCUGACUCUGUACUGCAGAAGGAGGAGCUUGAUAAAUUAGAAGUGGCAGUCCAAACACUGUAUAAGGAUACAGCGUGCAUUUGCGAUGUAUGUGAUGCUAAUGAUGGGGGCAUCGUGGUAGGAAUCGCCUUGUUGAAACACCUGUUUCAGCCCUAUAACGAACAUCCGGGAAAGAUAAUUCGUACGUUUGCGGAGCAGUUGCGGUCUAAGUGGAAGCUUGGAAAAUGUGACAAUGAUAUUCUCAUUGUGAUUGCUGUAAUAGACAGAUUGUCGUACACAGAUGUCGGAAAAGCAACAGCAAAUUAUGUGUCGAAUGAAGAGGCUCACAGUGUUUUCUUGGAAAACAAGUUUCACUUUACAAACGGCAAUUUUUACAAAGGCUUGGAUGCCAUGCUUUCGGAUUUCUACAAUAAAACUAGAUAUAUAAAAUUGCCCGUCAAAAAUGAUGUAAAUAUGGCAUUAGUUUCUGGUAUAAUCUUAGGUUCCAUUUUCUUUCUCCUACUUCUAUUAUUUGCGAUAUUCUUCCUAUGCCGUUAUAUAAGGAAAAGUAAAGAUCCGGUAAGUACAUUUUUUCAGUAAGUCAAAAAGCAUCAG